AUGACGAAAGAUCGAUUGCCUGCAUUGCGGGCUGCCCAAAACACUGAAGAUAGCGAUCCAGAUGCGGCCUAUACCGCUAUUAACAUGGAAGACAAUAGUCGAUUUAUGUCCGACUUUUUUGCUCAUAUCGAUUCAUUGCGUACUAAUAUAGAUAAAAUAAGUGAACUGGUAGAUGAAGUUAAACGUCUUCAUUCAACAAUAUUAGCUGCCCCACAACCCGAUGAUCGAACGAAAGAAGAGCUUGAAGAAAAAAUGGCUGAUAUUAAAAAAAUAGCCAACGAUGUUCGAGUGAAAUUGAAAAAAAUGGAACAAGAACAAGAACUUUCUCAAUCAUCGUCGAACAGGACUCAAGCACAAUUCCGAAUUGAAAAAUCUCAGCUAUUUGUGUUAGCGCAAAAAUUUCGUGAUGUUAUGAAUGAUUAUAAUCAAGUUCAGUUGGGCUACCGACAAAAGUGCAAAGAGAGAAUACAGCGACAGCUCGAGAUCACCGGACGUUCGGUGACUGAAGGAGAAGUAGAGGAAAUGCUCGAAUCAGGAAAUCCAGCUGUAUUUACACAAGGCAUCAUGGUCGAAACAGCUCAAGCUAAACAGUCUCUAGCGGAUAUUGAAGCAAGACAUGGUGAUAUCAUGAAAUUAGAGAAAAGUAUCAGAGAACUACAUGAUAUGUUUAUUGAUAUGGCUGCACUUGUUCAAACACAAGGUGAAAUGAUAGAUCGUAUUGAAUAUAAUGUAGUACAAUCAGAAAAUUUUGUCAAAGCUGCAAAUACAGAUACGAAAAAAGCAGUUAAAUUUCAGAGUGCAGCUCGACGGAAAUUAUUCAUUAUUAUUGGGAUUAUUGCUGCUGUUCUUGCUGUAGUGGCGAUUAUUUUAGCAAUUAUUUUUGGUCGUAAAUAG